GGCACUGACUGGCAUCACUGCUGGGCACUGACUGGCGGCACUGACUGGCACAACCGCUGGACACUGACUGGUGGCACUGACUGGCAGCACUGCUGGGCUGCACUGGUGGGUGGCACUGGUGGGUGGCACAGGUGGGUGGCACUGCUGGGCACAGGUGGGUGGCACUGCUGGGCACAGGUAGGUGGCACUGCUGGGCACAGGUGGGCGGAGCUAGUGGGUGCACUGCUGGGCACAGGUGGGUGGAACUUGCGGGUGGCACUGCUGGGCACCAAUCAUCAGGGCACUGAUCAUCAGUGCCCUGAUGAUCGGUGCCGAUCCCCGCUCUGACAACUGCCGGUUCUCAGCAGUACUUUCCUCACGAUCUGACAGCGUGAGGAAAGUGCAGCCGAGAACCGGCACUUGCAU